AUGUGGCCACCACCAAGAACUCUUGGUGCUUCUGAGUUGAAGGCAGAAGAGAAUAUGAGAGGGGCCGGAGGAGCCCGGCAGGACAGCGGGAGCGCUCGCGCGGCCAUCUGGCCCUGCCGAGUGCGGAGCAUCCCUGCUGCCCUGCGCUCCCGCCGCGCCUGCAUGGCCACAUUCCUGCUGCCUGCCCAGAAACGCUUCAACUACAUCUCCCUCAGGACUUCUGUACCGGAAUUAGCUCCUUGCCUUCAGCUUACCACCAAAAACUCCACAACCAUUUCCAAGGAGACUAAAGCACUUAUUAGUGAUCUGACACUGGACAAGUCAAGUCCUCUCUCCCCUCUCCUCCCUCUGUGCUCCCCUUUGCAGAACCGCAUGCACGAAUCUCUCAUGCUCUUCGACUCCAUCUGUAACAACAAAUUCUUCAUUGAUACCUCCAUCAUUCUCUUCCUCAACAAGAAAGACCUAUUUGCUGAGAAGAUCAAGAAGUCACCUCUGACCAUCUGCUUCCCUGAGUACACAGGUCCCAACACCUACGAGGAUGCAGCUGCCUACAUCCAAGCACAAUUCGAGAGCAAAAACCGCUCCCCCAACAAGGAGAUUUACUGCCACAUGACGUGCGCCACAGACACGAACAACAUCCAGGUGGUUUUUGACGCCGUCACCGACAUCAUCAUUGCCAACAACCUGCGGGGCUGCGGCUUGUACUGAACCCCCCGGCGCCAGGAGAGAAAAGAAACAUAAAAAUAACAACAAAAAAAAGAAAAAAAAAAAAACCCCAAAGCAACCACACACAGACACACAGACACACACGCGCGCGGGGGGGAAAAAAAAAGAAAAGAAACAAACAGAUUGAAGGAGAGAAAAAAAUGUCAUCAUAAUCAUGUGAGUUGGUAAAUAAAAAGGCAUAAGGAAAAAUUAUAUAUAUACGUAUAUAUAUAUAUAAAAAUCCACACCCACGUUUUUAGGUUUUUUUUUGAACCCCCUUCUCCCAUCAGGCUCCUCCCUCCAGUCCCCAGUGUCCCCACCUGGGGCACCCCGGGGCCAGGGGGGCUCUGCCCAGCCCAGCAUCCCAACAACUCCCCUGGUACCAGGCAGGGAGAGGGGGAAAGGGCAGCGCCCGGCCUCACUCUGGGCAGGGGCUUCUCCUCCCGGCAGCCGUUUGACCAUGGGCUGCUAUUUUUUAAUUAUGAUUAUAACUCCUUAUUGUGGGUUGUCUUUUUAAAAUUAUUAUUAAGAUUUUUUUUUUUUCCAGCAUGGGCAAGGCCAGGCUGCCCCUGCCUGUCCCCAGCCUUGCUGCCGCCCUCAGAAACAAAAAGAUUUUUCUUUUUUUUUUCCUUUUCUUUUCUUUUUGUUUUUUUAAAGAAAGAGGGAAAAAUUUAAAAAUUGCCCCCAGCCAUAUGUCACAGCUAAAAAGGGAAACAUCUUCUCCCAUUUCCCACCCUGACUGUUUGGGGGAAAUCUGCAGUGGGGGCAUCCUCCUCCUUCUCUCUUCCCAGGGUUUCAGGGAGGUUUAGGUCAGAUUUUUUGAAUUCUCACACCAAUUCAGGCCAAAACCCUCACCAGCUGGUGCCGGCGGGUUUUUCCCAUUUCUUCCCUCCUGGUUUAGCAUCUCCCUGCUCCUGGUCACUGCUCACUCUCCAGGUCCAUAUCCAAAAGCACAGCUCAGCCCCCCCAGCCAGAGUCCCCCCUCAUCCCUCCUUCAGGGCCGACCAGGGACACCAGGGAGGGCUAUACAAAUAUAUAUAUAUAUAUAUAUUACUUUAUUUUUUGUUUAGAGUAUUUUUUUGUUUUGUUUUUAUUAUUUUAAACUCUUUCCAGUGAAUGCUUUUUUGUGCUGCUUUUCUCUCCCCCUCUCCUGCCCCAGUCCUCUCUCCCUUUUAGUGAAUGGUGUUUUCUCUCUCAUGUGGGGAUGUUUGUGCUGCAAAAUAAGAAAAAAGGGAAAAAAAAAGCAAAAAAAAUCUUAAAAAAACAAACUUAAAAAAAAGAAAGAAUGAAAAUAAUUUAAAAAUUUUAAAAAACACACACAAAACCACAAAAAAUAAUUUAAAAAAUAAUAAACAAAAAUCGAAUGUAGUGUUUACAUUGAAGCCACUGUUUUCAUGACCAAUCCCUCAUCAUUUCUACUUUGAUUAGUAACCAGACGUCUUCACAGUUUCACUUUUACAAGUUACCUUUGCUGAAGAAGAGCAGUCACACCUGUUCAAAAGAAAAUGAAUAAAUAAAGAGGAAACUUAAAAAAAGAUAUUAUAUAUAUAUAUAUAUAAAAAGCGCCAGGUCUUUCUAAGCCUUUCUAUUACCAAUCAGUGAGGUUUCUGUGAUAUAUUACACACUGCCAAUCUCUUUCUCUGACUAAUGGAAAAAUUCAUGUGUAGCUCAAUAAAGAGAAUGUUUGUCUGUACCCCGGGCUCUCCCUC